GGGGUGGGGCGGGGAAGGUACCAGAUGCGGAUUGAGAGUCGGACCCGGAUCGGGAUCACCCCUCCCCCCCUCCGCGAGCCCAGCGCCUGCUCCGUGUGAGGCUCCGGCUCCGGCUCCGGCUCCGGCAGCGGCGAUGGGACUGUGCCUGCCGUGCCUGGGAGGGGCGGCCCAGGAUGUGGUGGAGACACCCGACCCGGAAACCAGAAGACGGCAAUUAGCAGAAGCUGCUGAGAAGAGGCAGAAGGAGAAUGUGCACCGAGGCAUUAAGAAUCCUGAAUCGGUGGAGCGAAAGAAGCAGAAGCAGGAGGCAUUGGAAAAGCAGCAGAUGAAUUCUACACCUGCAGGAGGCGGUGGUGGCCUCAGGUGGCAAGUUGGUUAAAGGAGCCGAAAAACCGGUGGAAGAUCUUCACUAUUGCCAAUAUAGCGUUGACCUUGCUGGCCCUUGUUACUGAGAGGUUAAUGUUCUCUGCGUGGCUUUCGGUGUUUGGUUAGAAAGACCCAGAAAUGUGCCAUCCUUCGCAUUGAAUGUUCUGUACAAAGGCUUUCUGUAUUCCAACAGAAGUGUACAAUGUUUCUUCCAGUAAUUUAAAGAGCUGUCCAUCAAUGUUGAAAACAUUAAACCAAUCCAGUCACUUUUAAGCAACAAUGGAAACUACUCAUGGCUUGGAUGUUGCUGUCCCAAGGGAUCCUUUGUUUUGCUUUUAUUUUAGCUGGAGAUUGUAUUGCUAAAUGUUUACUUUCUAUAAAUUAUCAUUAUUUAUAAAGCAGUGUAACUACCUUUUGUGGAUUUUUGUAGAUAAUUCAACUGCAGCUUUACUAGGCAAGGUUUUCUAUAUUUUAUAACCACUUGAUUUUCUAAACCUUUGUGCCUUGGAGAUAGUGUGGGGAAAUGUGUGAAAAUAUGCUUUCUUUUAAUGCUAUAGCUUAUGUUUAUUAAAAUGUUUAGCAUCCUUUUUGGGACUUGUUUUAGUUUAUUGAAUUAACUUUUAGUUGCUGAAAUUGACUCAACUGGACCAGAUUGCUAGAUUCAACUACCUCUAAAUAUAAGUACUCAAUUCAUGGAGGAAAAAAUACAUUUUUAGCAUGAAUGAAAUUCUUUGUCAUAUUGAUUGCAUGUUCCUAACUGACCAUAAUUUGCUAGUUAUAUACAACUAUUUCAUAUUCCUUGCUUUAGUAAAAUAAAUCCUGUGUCUUUGUCAUCAAGUAAUUUAAUUAUAGGUCUUUAGUGUUUGUCAUUAACUCACAUGGCCCCUGUUGAUGAUAGAAUAUAGAUGGUUCUUACUGCGUUCCUUUUCUAUUGUAAAAAUCGUAUAGCUUACAAUCUAUUCCAAGGUAACUUAAAUUUAUUGCCAACUUUGUCCUAUUAGGUACUUAACUGAUGCUGACGCAUACGCCUGUAUGAAACAGACUAUCGUUUUUUUGUUAAGACCUCAAUAGAAUAUUGCCAGGAUAUUUUCUUGUAUUGUUUGUUAUGGAUUAUGAUGCAGUCCAUGCAGAAUGCUUAUUGUUGGGUCACAGUACCAAUGGAAAGCGUACUUUCUAGCAAACUAUACUUUUCCUUGCCCAACAUUGAAUUGAUUUUCUUCUCAUCCCAGCUAAAAGAGAACUAGAAAACAAAGCUGAACAUAAACUUUGUAACUUGCUGUAUUUACCACCUGCAUGAAGUGUACAUUUUAACAUUAGAUGUCCUGAUGCUUCUCUGAAUGCUUGGCAUUAACAAAAUAUGCAUAAUUAAUGCUUAAUAUUUUGUUAAAAGGUUGGUUGGUAAACUUGUGUCUUUCCAAUUUUGUCUUUCAGUGAAGUUUUCUCUAAUAUUCCCAUGCAUACCUUUUACAAUAUGGUCCGGAAGCUUUCACUUGUGUUUUGCAAGUGCAAGAGACAAAUCAAAGCCCACUGAUCCCAAAGCACCUCAGGCUAUGAUAGAAAAGCCCCAUUUUAAAAUAACUUGACCUGUUGUGGCAUAGCUGAUGAACUUUACAUGAAGUGUUCUCAGAGAAGUCAUACGAUCACAAUAAAUAUUGUCUUAUUGGGGCACCUGUACUGAUGGUCCUUUAAGGGAAUGUGAUAGCACACAGCUUUUUGUGGUGAUUUUUUUUCACCCAUGGCAUAUGGGAUCACACUGUUCAGGCUCCAGGUGGUUGUGAGCGCCUUACUUCAAGUGAGGAUGUGAAAGCCUUGAAGGUGUUGCAGUUAGGGUUUAUUAGAAUGGUACGACGUACAUGGGACUUCAGUUUUGUGGAGAGACUAGAGAAAUUAGGAUCCUUCUCCUUAACACAGAAGGAUGAGAGUAAGUUAGCUUACGUGCUAUAAUUCAGGCAAGGUGUUUGAUCAAGUAAAUAGGGGAAAGCUGUUUCUGUGGUAGAAUGAUGAACAAUUGGAGGGCAUUGUAGUGAAUGCUGGAAGGACCAGAGCUGAUCUGAGGUACAAUAGCAUCACACAGCAAGUUAUGAUCUGGAAUGGCCUGUGUUAAAGGGGGAUGAAUGCAGGUUUUAGCUUUCAGAAGAAAAUUUGAUGAAUACUUAGAAGAGAAAAUCUUUCAGUGCUAUGGGGUGGACUUAGGAUUCAAGCUAAUGUGUUCAGUAUUUGUGGUGGGCCUAGUGGUAUUAUUGGUAGGCUCCAAACACCCAGAAAAUGUUCGGGUGUUAAAUCCCUCCAUAGCAGACAGUGAAAUUUAUGUUCAAUAAUAAUCUGGAAAUGUUAAAAAAAAUCACACAACACUAGGUUAUAGUCCAACAGGUUUAAUUGGAAGCACUAGCUUUUGGAGUGUUGCUCCUUCAUCAGACAACCACCUGAUGAAGGAGAGGUGCUCCGAAAGCUAAUGCUUCCAAUUGAACCUGUUGGACUAUAACCUGGUGUUGUGUGAUUUUUAACUUUGUACACCACAGACCAAUACCAGCAUCUCCAAAUCAAUCUGGAAAUGAGAAUCUAAUGAUGACCACAAGCCAUUGCAGAUUGUCAGAAAUGAAAAAUCUGGGGUUCACUGAUGUCUUUUAGGGAAGGUCAUCUGCCAUCCUUACCUGGUCUGGCUGCAGACGUGCAGUAAUAUGGUUAACUCUUAGCUACUCUCUUGGCUGACAUACACUUGAUGGGCUGAACAGCCUUCUGAAGUACUACAGCCUGAUUCUGUUAGUCAGGCAUCAGAGUAAAUCCAUUCAAUACCAUCAGCACUAUAAUGCCCAUUUGUUCUCCCAAAUGUACCCUUUGCUGUCCUUUACAUUUAAUCCCUUGGAAGUUAAGUUUAACUUGAUAGUACCAAUAUGUUAGCACAUUGAAAAAUGUCCAACUUUCUUAAGUUUGUGAUGUUGGGUAAUGUAACACAUUAAUGGCUAUCUUGAUGAUUACAACUCAAAUUUUAACACCCAUAAACUAAUUUUGCCAUGAUAUUUUAAUGUAUUGUUAAACGAUGGCAUUGUUCAAGAAUUAUAACAACAAGACCCCACUGAACACUGUUGCUUAUGUGUCUCUUGUAGACUCCGAGCUUUUUGGAGACAAGGCCAAUUUGUGUAUUGCCGUGAAAUAUAUGAUGUAGAAAACUGUCAAUGUUGAAAGUUAUCAAUCUAUACCUUUGUCGUUCUGGUCUUGUUAAAGAAUUAAACUUUUUACAAGUUAUCCCUGAGCUGAUACUAAUGCUUACUGUUGAAGUAUGCAGACUUCCCUCACUAGAUGAAAGAGAAUGCAGAGUGUCUCCAUUCUCUUGGACUUUGUGGUGAAAUCAGUGUCCUAGGCCCACUUCAGAAGUCAAAUGUUUGAUUUCUGACUUUUUCAUCAGUCAAGUGGCUACAUGAAUCUCAAAUGUUAUCACCACAAGUCGUCAUCCCCUUCCUGGGCGCAUGUAGAAUUAAAGACAUGUACUGCUAAUCAAACUGCUCAAUAGUUUCCAUUGCUUUCUAAUAAAUAUACAUAUGUAA